CAGGACACCAGCUUCCCACCAAGAGCCCAUGACCCGGAGAGGAGGUCUGCCUCAGCCUACACUGCCAGGAAGCAGGGGGUGGGGCCCCUGGGGCUGAGCAGCCAGGACCACCAGGCUCCUGAGACUGGGCUCCUCCCAGCCUGGUGCCAGCCCCAAGGACAGAGGCUGCACCUCGGGGACAGAAUGUGGGGCAGAAGGGGCCACCUGUCUUCAUCUGGUUAGUCUCAGCCCCAGGGUUCCAGCAAACAGCUGAUGGUCGCCCAAGGCUGGAGUCAUUUAGGAGAAGGGACCCCAAAAGGUGUUCCCUGGGGAAUCUAAGGCCAGGGACAGUGCCCCCCCCCACGUCAUGUGUAUGGCAUCAGAAUAUUCUGGCAGUGUGUGCAGGACAUUCUGUGUAGUCCCAGGGAGAUUAGGAGUCUCUCUCUGGUCUAAUAGGCUUAGAGGAAGCUGAGCUGCCCUUAGCCAAGGUCACCAGGGCUUAGGGCAUCUGGAAGAGGCUGCAGGGAGGGGGGCAGUUACCCUCAGUGGUGCCUGCAAGGACAAUGCCUCAUGCAGAGCAGCCAUGCCAGAGCCAGGAGGUGACACUGACUCAAAGCAGGCGCCAAGCGCAGUGACAGAGGGAGGACACCAGGAGCCCAGGAGAGCACUGCCCUCCCUUCCCCUCCCUGCUCCUCAGCUUGACUCUGUGAACUGGGCCCAGGAAGGCGAGGGUUACACAGCUCAGCGGGUAGCUGGUCCUGAGCAGGGCCCCUUCCCCUAGAGUGCCCCUGCCUCCCAUUUUGUGGGGCAUUAUUCAUCCUCACUACUUUGUCCUACCCCGAAGGACAGGCAAUAAACAGAAUAAUAAGCACAUAAAUAUGAGCAAAGACAGUCAUACAAGCAUUCUGAUAAACUAGGAAUUUGGGCUGAUUUGUGAUAUGAAUAAAUAAAUGAGGACCUAGGGGCACAGUGACCGUGGGGUGGGGUCAGAGAAGGCCUCUGAGAGGGCCCUGGGAGGGUGAGACAGCCCGAGGCUGACCUCAAGAAGAGAAGGUCCAGGUGGUGUCGCUGAGGCUGCUGAGGCGACCUGCUGGGCCAGGAAGGGCUCCCUGGGGUCUCAUCCCAGCCCUAGCAGGGGCCCCCAGAGGCUUUCAACAGUGACAGCUGGAUUCAGACUCCAAGGCUACAGGAAGGGGUGGAGGUUCAGCGGGCACUUGCAGGACAGGUGGAGUCCCGCCCAGCCUGAGGGCAUCCGGCAGCCAAGGGUCACUGCAGUGUCGCUGCCAUCCUCACCAUGAACCUGGAGCUGCCCAAGGCCGAGAUCCGCUCAGCCACCAGGGUGAUAGGAGGACCUGUCACCCCUAGGAAGGGGCCACCCAAGUUCAAGCAGCGGCAAACCAGGCAGUUCAAGAGCAAGCCCCCCAAGAAAGGCGUCCAAGGGUUUGGGGAUGACAUCCCUGGAAUGGAAGGCCUGGGAACAGACAUCACAGUCAUCUGCCCUUGGGAGGCCUUCAACCACUUGGAGCUGCAUGAGCUGGCCCAGUAUGGCAUCAUCUAACCAGACAGCUGCCUGGAGCCCCGGACUCUCCAGCCGCCCCACCUGUGAGCCCCAUUUAGGGUUCCUGUCCAGAGCCUCCAGUCCUAUUUACAUCUGGUCUCCAGGGUCCUAUGGCUCAGGCCCUGGACACCAGUUACUAGGAGCCCACAACCUCCCCCAGGUCACCCUGCUCACCUUCCAAAGACCCUGGCCCACCCCCUCAGGUCUGCAGGUGGCCCAGUCCUGGGCUCCCCCACUCUUUGUGGCUGGAAGGCACACAGGAGUGUCCCCCACACUCCCGUGCCCUGACCGCCCCUCCCAGCUGGAUGGCCCAGGGUGGGACAUGGUGGGUCGGAGUCCUCAGUGUAUAUGGUGAGAUGAGCUCCCUCCACUCAUCGCACCAAACCUUCUAACAUGGCCCACCUUGCUGUCCCUGUUUCAAAAUAAAUUAGUGUCUCCUUGCUUGUCUGAGGCAUGUUGGGGAGUACCGGCCUGAGGUGAGGACACACGGAGGAAGAUGCAGGGCAGUGGGCAGUGGGGGUAGGAUGGGCUGGCCAGGUGGAAGGGGCACAAAACCCAUGGAUCACAUACCCCAGUUACAGAGCCUCGGCAAUACAGCACAUGAAU